UCUUCCUGAGAUUCCGGAUGCAAACCGUAUUAUUAAUCGCUAUUUCUAGGCGGAAGUGCCGGGCGGGGUCAUUGACGCAAGCAAGCACGUCUUGGGAACUGGAAGCUGGCUGCUCUACGAAGGAGCAUAUAAGGAAGCUUGUGCAGCCCAUGUAGAAGAAGAAUUUCCCCUCCACUCAGAGUCUCGAAUACACAUGCAUAUUGCUCUUCCACUCUAACUUACCAAAAACGACGACGACAUCAUGGCUUCGAAGAGCUUCUACGCCGUUGUCGCCGGUGUCGGCGCCGGCACAGGCCGGUCCGUGGCUCUGCGCUUCGCCCGCUCCUAUCCUGUAGUGCUUCUAGCCCGCAAGCCCGAGAGCUAUGCCGACAUCGUGUCCGAGAUCAAGCAGCAGGGUGGCGAGGCGCUCGGAAUCAGUACCGACGUUUCCGACGCGCAGUCCGUGGCGUCUGCGUUUGAGACCAUCAAGAAGGAACUGCCGGGGAAGACGCUCGCGGCGGCUAUCUACAACGCCGCCGGAGGCUUCGGGAUCAAGCCUUUCCUGGAAGCCUCUGUCUCAGAUUUUGAUGCCAGCCUUGCCGUUAAUGCUCGUGGCCUCUUUAUCUUCGCCCAAGCGGCCCUCCCUUCCUUGCUCGAGGCUGUGCCCACCAGCCCGUAUCCGCCAUCCCUGAUUAUCACGGGCGCGACAGCCUCGGUGCGCGGAUCCGCACGUUUUGGGCCAUUUGCGGCAGGCAAGUUUGCCGUGCGGGCGCUGGGCCAGAGCCUGGCGCGGGAGUUUGGCCCCCGCGGCGUGCACGUCGCACACGUGAUUGUCGACGGCGUGAUCGACAUCCCUCGGACGAAGGAGUAUGUUGUGAAUGAGGGCAAGGAGGAUGGGAAAAUCAGCGCUGAUGCGAUUGCCGAGAGUUAUUGGCAUCUGCAUACGCAGCAUCGGUCGAGCUUCACGCACGAGCUGGAUCUGCGGCCAUACGUCGAAAAGUUUUGAGGGCUAAGGUCAGGCUCACGUUUCGGUCAUUCUCGGGGAUGCUGUGGCAUGAUGAGGUCAAAAUGUUAGGUAAUAAUGAUAGCCCACUUAGUGAAGAUGCAACUGUCGGCAAAGGCGGGCACGAAAGGUGGUUCGGACAAUGCUGGACUGGGAGUAACAUCGUCGUUCUCCGAUAUCGAGAAAUAUAUUUGGCCGUAACCCCUAUAUAACCGACCCGGUUGCCUCCCUGGGGCCGCACACCUUAUCCUAGU